AAGAGACACAUUGUAAUAUAAGUACAAACAAGUCAAGCGAGUUAAUUACAAACUUAAUAAAAAAAUAUUCUAACUUAAAUAAACUCAAUCGAGUAUUUGUUUACAUGCGAAGAUUCAUUCACAACUCUAGACAUCCGAACAAUAGAAUAGUCGGGGUCUUAUCAGUAGAUGAAAUGCGACAUGCGUUGCUCGAAUUAAUUAGAUUUGCACAAACAGAAUCGUUCCAAAUGGAGUACAAGUUACUAAAAAAUAGUAAACAACUACCACAAACAUCAAACAUAUUGUGUUUGAAACCAUUUAUGGAAAAUGGGAUUAUUCGAGUAGGGGGACGCCUGGAACAGUCCUCAUACAAUUACGAUAAAAAACACCCAAUACUUCUACAUCACUCACACACACUAACAAUUCUUAUAAUGCGUGGAGAACACAUAAGAUUAAUGCAUGCAGGGCCACAGUUAUUACUUUCAUCUGUCCGCGAGAGAUAUUGGCCGACACACGGUAAGAUCGUCGCUAAUAAGGUUGUACGAGAAUGUAUAACGUGCUUCAGGAACAGUCCGAAGAUCUACUCACCGAUAAUGGGUAAUUUACCAAGGUCAAGAGUAACUCCAGCACCGCCCUUCCUCACAACUGGCAUUGAUUAUGCAGGACCCUUUGCGGUGAGGGACAAAAGGGGGCGUGGUUACAGGUCAUACAAAUGUUACAUAGCAAUUUUUAUUUGUUUUUCGACAAAGGCAAUUCACUUAGAGUUAGUUUCAGGUCUAGAAACUCAGCUCUUCCUGUCUGCGCUGCGAAGGUUUACGUCCAGGCGAGGUAUACCAAAAACAAUACUGCAGCAGAUCCAAUGCGACUUCUGGAGAAGAUGGUCAAGAGACUACAUAGGACUGCUUCAAGAACGCACGAAAUGGAGAAGCUGCAAGGGUGCCGGACUCGACGUGGGUACCAUUGUGCUGAUCAAAGAUGACCGACUGCCGCCCUGCCAGUGGGGGCUGGGACGCAUCGUCGGCUGCUGCCCGGGUCGCGACGGCAUCACGCGGGUCGCAGAGAUGCGCACGGCGCGUGGAAUAAUCAAGAGAGCAUUCAACAAUAUCUGUCCAUUACCGAUUACAUGUUAAAAUGCCUUUUAUUGUAACAAUCAAAUAACUUAUAACUAGUUAAAUCUCAUUUAAUACCCGUAUAGUUCAGUUU